UUGCGCUCUCACAGCAAAGCUGUGUUCCCAAGGACUGCCGUCACCAAUGGAGUUUAAACAGCUUGGAGGGGAGUCCUCCGACGGAGAGACCGAGGACCUGGACAGCCUUAAAGCACUGACAGAGAAGCUGAAGUUACAGACCCGCAGACCAUCCUAUCUGGAGUGGCAGGAGCGCGUGCAGAGUCGAACCUGGAAGGAGAGAAAUUCCGCAGACAGCCUGGAGGGAUCUGGAGGGGAGGCUGUUACAGUACCAACCACUCUGAGAAAUGACAACUCACAAGUGGUCGUGCGUAAUAUUUGUGGCUUUGACACCAUUGAUGAUGCUUUGGAGUUCCUGAGAAAAGAGCUGAGGGAGAUGCAGGCCCAGGACAACCACCUGGCCCGUCAGCUGAUCCGGCUACGCGUGGAGAUUCACCGGCUAAAGGUGGAGCAGGUGUGCCACCGCCACAAGGAGAUGCUGGACGAUGCAACAUACGAGCUGGAGGAGUGUGACGAAGAGUCAGAUCUGCUGUGUGACAUCCCCAUGAAGGCCGCUUUCGCUCUGUCCACACCUCUCAAACACCUGGGCCUCACUAAGAUGAACAUCAACUCCAGACGCUUCUCGCUGUGCUGAAAGCCAAGCCAUAACUGAGGAUAUUCCCUCUUCUGUGUUUAUGAAGACAUAUUUUGAGGCUCGUUUUCUCUCUUGAAGGAGUUUGGCUGAUAGAAUGAGGCAAGCAAUUGGUGCCCUGGGUUGAGAAUAACUCCUUUAAUGUGCACCUUGGCUAAGCACAGAGAAAGGAAACCUCUGUCUGCAGACUUGUAGGGGCGCGUGACCUUAAUCUAGACACUCCUUACUGCUGGACUGAGCUGGAGUAAGUCUACAGACUGCUCUCAUUACAGUGCAAUGUGUAUCAGAGUAGAAUUACUUAGAGCUGGACUGAAUGGUAAAAGGAGUGGGAAAUUUGUUUUUAGAGCUCCUACUUUUUUCUACAGUCCUUCUAGUAGUCAGACAAAGAUGGCUAAUAAUAGUGGAGAAACAGAUUUAGUUACAUUUUCUACAGCAUAUAUUCAUCUUUAGAUUUUUUUGGUCAGAAAACAUCAUAAAUGUAUUGGUUUAAGGUGGUAAGAAAUUAGAUUGAUUAGCAGGUUUCUUAUGCCCAAUGAUUUGGUCAUGUAAAGUGAUGUUUCAUGUGUCAACUAAGUGUAAAAUACUUGGAGGGUUAUUCUAGAAAAUGAGGGUGUUCACUUCACUAUGACUGUCAUUAUGGUAGCAGGAGCUUUACAGAUAACCACACAGCUAAUGGCCUUAGAUUAAGGGGUGUCAAACAAGGAGUUGGAGCCUCUGCAGAGGGUCACAUCAGUUUACAAGAUUGGAGCCAAAAAACCUUCAGUUUUUCUUUGUUAUCAGUACAAAAUUAAAUCUUUUGGGAGUCAUCUACUUGAACUGAUCGCAUCCAGUGAAGAAGGUUGCAAGUGAGGCUGCUCGAUUAUUGAAAUGAUCAUUAUCACAGUUAUUUUGAUUGAUGCUGAGAUCACGAUUAUUAAACUCGAUAACUCAUUGAUUUUUCAUCUGCGUUGCAUGCAUUUAUUGAACUUUAACACUGUCUGAAAAAUAAGCAAAUGCUAGGGCAGCAAGCACCACCUCGUGGUUGGAUGUACAGGGUUGUAGCAUAGUCGUCUUUUAGAGACAUUAAGUGGAAGCACGGUGAAAAUGUGUUAAGUGGCUGAGACAAAUAAUGCAGGGAAAGCUGUUUAUCACUGAUAAUUGACCUUAACAUGUGUGCAUUGUUGGCAUACAAACAUGGUCAAAGAGGGACUCUGAUUUAAGUUGUAUGAACAAUCUGAGAUCCUGCUGUUAAUGGCUUUAUGAAGAGUAUGCACAACUUUGCUUGUGUUUUGUCUCAGGUUUUGCAGGUUUUGAUCCUAAAGGACUUAGACCAACGGUUCCUAACUUGGGAGCUCAGGGGGGUGCAGGACCCUGUCUGCGAUGACACUCAAAAUUGGAAGUGCAUAUGUAUUUUUUAAAAAUCCUGAGAAAAAUGUGCAUCAGUGUAUCAAGGCCACCCAAAGAAAUUAAAAAUAGGGAAAAAUUUUGAGAAAGUAGUUGAAAAUCUUUAGAACUAACUCAUUUUUGCAAUUGUCAAGUCUUAUACAAGAAACAAGAAACCAAACUUACAUUUUCUGAUUUAAACGUAGUCAAUUUAGGAGAAAAAAAUCAAAGUUUCAGAGUUUAAAUUUGGCAAUAAAACUUCAAAAUAUCAAGAUUUUGGAAAGAAACAAAAAUUCAAACUGAAAACAGUGGUUGGGUUGCCCCAGUUUACAGAAAUGUCUCUUUUAAGUCCAGAUGAUGAUAGAGUGAUAUUUCUGGAUUAAAAUCACAAGUAGUUCCCUCUUUCUUAGUCCUGGUGAAAGUAUACUUUGAUUAGGUUGAGUUGUGCAAGGAAAAUGGCAUCAACUGUGAUUAUUUUCUUCCACAAAGUCGGCUGUUUUGACUUAAUGAUUAAUUGUUUUUCCAUGUAAUAUACGACUUUUAAAGUGAUACAUUUGGGGUUUUUUUACACUCAUAAAUUUCCAACAUUUAAACUUGAACAUUUUGAGGGUUUUUGCACAAAAAUGAGCAGAUCACUUUUAUCAGUGACCCUUUUAAGUUGUCAUGAUAAUGGAUAGUUUAUGCUUUUACAGUGAAGAAUCAGUUAAAGACCCUGUAAAGUAAAAUUCAACCUUUGUAAAUUACAACCCUAGAUAUGUUGGAAUAAGGCUGCUAUAAACAUGUGAAACCCCGAGUUCUAUGAGUAUCUGAAUUUUGCAUUUAGACUGUUAGAAAGUUGUUCACCUCUAUCUUUGCUUGGUUUUAUCUGAGCCAGUCUUGAUGGGGAAUAACCCCACCCCCUAACGCUACAAUGAUACAAAACCACCAAGCAGUUCAUCUCAAUACAGUCUGUUGUCAGUUGACGUCACUGCCUUCAUUAAAAGUUAACAGCCAACUUCAUGCUUUGUUUUUCUUCAUUGUGAGGUAAAUUUCCCAAAUCUAUCAGACACGGUGGACUAUAGGUCAUUGAAAGUAUCAUAACCGAGAGAUUUGUGCCAGAAAACAGUAAAUUUAAACCCCAGUUUCUUUCUCUCAGGCAGCUGUGCUUUGUUCAGGCCUAACUCAGUAUUUAGUUUGUUUUGUUUUGUGUAAAUUUAAGGACAUUAAAACAGAUUAAAAGAAUUACUUUCAUUGCAUAAAUAUCACAGUACACUUAAGUUUACCACAUGGCAACACCUGUGGACCAAACAAGUGUUACGCAGCAUGUGGCACAGUAAUUGUUUAAUCCCAAUUAUCUUGUUUUCAUGAUUGAAACUCAAUUAAUUGUCCAGCACUAGUUGCAAACAUACAUCCUUUUUAUGUCUUGCGUCCCAAGGUAAAACAUCUGGAAACUUCAGCUUGCAUUGUUAAUUCUGGCAUUUCUUAUAAGUAAGAUGAAGUAACUGCUGCAACCUACUGAUAGUUUGUUGAUACUGUGACAUACUCCAACUAUGGAGCUUUCAUUUCCAUUCCUAACUCAGAUGUAGAGAGUUAACACUCCAGCAAUUUCUAUGCCUUGUCUUCACAAACCAAAAAUAUCUCCUCAGCCUUGUCACUGCAGUGACAGAACCCAGGAGGCGAUGCUUCAUACAUUAUGCUUUAUAUUAUCACCUCCUGAUGCUGCAGAGCACAGAUUAGUAGCCAUAUAAGGCUGGGCAGGGACCAAGUGGAUCCUGCAUGAUGGGCAGUGGAGUUCAGAGUAGAUAUUUUAUUCUAUAGCAUAAGAGACAGAAAGAAUAAAACACUUUCUGUGUGUAAUAUUUUUUACAUGGAUUAUUUUAACUGUUAAAGUGUGUGUGGGGGGGAUAUAUGAUUUAUCUCACUUGAUAAGUAAGUAUAAAAGAUGUAUAUUAUUUUUUUGCCUUGUUCACACAGCACAAUAUUAAAGAGACUUUAUCAA